ACGUGGCAACGGCAUCAUGGCCUCUUGGAACCGCUACGGGAGUCGGAUGAGAGAGGCGAAAAUGUUCGUGUUGCUGUUGUGGCUGCUGUCGGUUCUGGAGGCGGUGAAGGUGUCUCCUCUCAUAGAGAAAGUCAGCGACCACAAAGACUUCAAGAAGCUGCUCAGGACGAGAACCAAUGUUCUGGUGCUCUACACCAAAACAGCUACAUCAGGGGACUCCCACCUGAAACUGCUGUCUGAUGUCGCCCAGACAGUAAAGGGCCAAGGGACUAUUGCCUGGGUCAACUGUGGUGAUUCCGAGGGCCGUAAGCUCUGCAAGAAAGUAAAGGUGGACCCGAGCUCCAAACGUGGAGGAGCAGAGCUGCUGCAUUACAAAGAUGGGACGUUUCACACCGAGUACAACAGGCCUGCUACCUUCAAGUCUAUGGUAGCAUUUUUGAAAGACCCAUCAGGGCCCCCACUGUGGGAGGAGAACCCCGAGGCAAAAGAUGUCAUCCACAUAGAGACAGAAAAAGACUUCAGGAAGCUGCUGAAGAAAGAGGAGAGGCCGGUCCUCAUGAUGUUCUACGCUCCCUGGUGUGGCGUUUGCAAGAGAAUGCAGCCCAUUUUUCAGCAAGCUGCCACGGAGACAAAGGGAAAAUAUGUAA